AUGAGUGUAGAAAAUCAUGAAAGUGAACAUCCGCAUAUAUCAUUAUCCGUGCCUGAAAUGAAGCCACAUUAUGAUGUGGUUGUUAUCGGAUCCGGAUAUGGUGGAGGUAUCGCUGCAUCACGAGAAUAUCCUACAAAAACUAUUGAUUGUUUUAAAGAAGUUCAAUAUGAAUCUGGUGAAAUCCAAUCGGGUAAAAAAACCGGAAUGUAUCGUCUAUAUUAUGGAGGUGAUCAAGCUGCUGUCGUAGGUUGCGGACUUGGAGGAACUUCUCUCAUAAAUGCCAAUGUUGCUCUUGAAGUUGAUAAACGUGUUUGGGAUAUGUCCGUUUGGCCUGAAGAAAUUCGUAAAGAUAAAGAAGGCAUAGAAUUGGGCUAUAAACGAGCAAAAGAAAUGCUUCAACCUGUACAAUACCCUGAACAUUUUCCGGAGCUCCAUAAACUUAAAGUUUUAGAGGAACAAGCAAAAAGACUUGGUCCUGAAUAUGCUAAAAAUUUUUAUCGUCCUCCAAUUACCGUGACUUUUGAAAAUCGUGUUAAUUCUGCUGGUGUUAGGCAAUCAAAGUCAACACUUACUGGAAAUGAUGCCACUGGUGUUAACGAUGGUAGUAAGAAUAGCACAUUAAUGAAUUAUAUUUCUGAUGCAUGGAAUCAUGGCUGUGAAAUAUUUUGCCAGAUUGAUGUUCGAAGAAUUAAGAAAGAUAAAGAAACCGGAAAAUGGGUUGUGUUUUAUGAGUGGUUAGAGGAUGGACGUGAAGAAUUUUCUAGUAACAGUCUUGGUUUAUAUUUUGUAACUGCAGACGUUGUUUUUCUUGCUGCUGGUACUCUUGGUUCAAAUGAAAUUUUGCUCAGAUCAAAAAAGUUUGGUCUUGAAGUUAGCCAACAAGUGGGUGAGAAAUAUAGUGGAAAUGGAGAUGUUUUAGGAUUUGCUUACAACACAGAUCUUAAAUGUAAUGGGAUUGCAAUGGGUGAUAAUAGUCCUUUAAAUUUCCCAAAUGGUCCGGUUGGGCCUUGUAUUACAGGAAUAAUUGAUAUGCGCCAAUCUAGUGAAUCUGUAUAUGAUGGUUAUGUUAUCCAAGAAGGUGCAUGUCCUGCACCUUUAGCCACGAUGAUGAGAAAUUACCUUAAACUUUCCAAUGUUGAAGAUAGAAAUAAACCAACCAAUCUUACUUUUAGUGAAAGAUUUUCUAAAUUUUUAAGAGAAACUUCUUCUUCGAAUUAUCAAGGUGCAAUGGCAAAUACUCAAUCUUAUUUGGUAAUGUCACAUGAUAAUAACACUGGAAGAAUACAAUUGGUGAAUGAUAAAAUUAAUAUUGAAUUUGAAGGUGUUGGUGAAACGGAAAUGAUUAAAAAAGUGAAUGAUACUUUAUCGCGUGCUAGCAUAAAUAUUAAUGGGGAAUAUAUCUCUUCACCUGUUUGGAAAAAACUUUUGGGAAGUAAGUUAAUUACUGUUCAUCCACUUGGUGGAUGUUGUAUGAGCAAAGAUGGCAAAACAGGUGUUGUAAACCACAAGGGACAGGUUUACACAGGCACAGGGACAACAGUUCAUAAAGACCUUUAUAUAUGUGAUGGUUCUAUAUUUCCAACAGCACUUGCUGUCAAUCCCCUCUUGACAAUUAGUUGUUUGGCCGAGAGAAAUGUGAAACUUGCUGCUAAAGACCGAGGUUGGGUAAUUGAUUAUGAGCUUGUUAAGCAACCGAUUGAUUGGAAAAAACCUUUGAGAACAUGGAAUCUUGGAGUUACAGCACAAAGUGUCUCACUUAAUGGUGGUAUUCAGUUUACUGAAUCUUUAAAAGGAUAUUUUUCUACUGAGAUAGUGUCUGAGGAUUAUCAGGCUGCUGAAAUACAAGCAAAAUCUUCAGAAUCGACAAUGCAACUUCUUUUAACUAUAAUCGCGUUUGAUGCCAAAGCACUAGUUAGUAUGGAAGACCAUUCGGCGCUUAUCACUGGCACUAUGUGUUGUCGUGCUCUCUCACCCGAUCCACUCAUAGUAACCAAAGGAAAAUUCCGACUUUUUAUCACAGAUGAAAGCCAUGUUGAUUCAAAAAAAUUGAUGUAUAAUUUGAAUUUGUUAUCUACGAAUGGAAAAAAAUAUCGAUUUGUUGGAUUCAAGUUAUUAAAUAAUACAUCCUUCAUUAAUGAUCGAAAAGUACUAGGAAGAGGAAUUUUAUAUGUCAGAAUUUCUGAUUUUAGAAAACAGCUUAAUACUCUUAUGGCAAUCGGGUCUAGCGCAAGCCAAAGAACAAGUGCAUUCUUGAAAUUUUUAUCAUACUUUUCUGACGUGGCGGCCACUCAUGCUUUUACGAGGUUUAGAUCCUUGAUGUAUCCAAAGAAGCUUCCGUUCGCACAGCCAUUUUAUCAUAAACCUAGGCCUGAAAAAGAAAUGUAUGUUACAGAAUCCACUGAUAAAGUUAAAACUUUGAUUCAUAGAUUCAAAGGUGGGCCUAAAGGACCAGUACUUUUGAUCCAUGGAGCUGCCAUGUCUUAUGAGAUGUGGGCAACAAAUUUGGUAGAACACACAUUUUUGGACUAUUUGUUAGAAAAUGGAUAUGAUGUGUGGUUGAAUGAUUCUCGAUUAUCCCCGACAAAUGCUGAAUGUUAUAAACAAUUUUCUCUGGAUGCAGUAAGAUUAGACCAAAAAGCCGCUAUUGAUCACAUUCGAAAAAUCACUGGGUGUGAUAAAAUUGCAGUGAUCGCACAUUGUCUUGGAAGCAUUUCUACACUCAUGGGACUUUUAGAUGGGUCAAUUGAAGGUGUUGGAUCUUUAAUUACGAGUCAAGUGUCAAUUAACCCAACUAGCGGAUUCGUAAACAUAAUUAAACGGAUUUCCCAACUUCUUCCAUUUUAUCGUCAUAUACUUCGACAAGGCCUUUUUGAUGUUAACACAUCGCCUGAUGCCAAUCUUUUAAAUCGUAUCGUUGAUCAAGGUCUUCGAUUUUAUCCAUAUCCAAAAAAUCAACUCUGUAACAGUGCAUUAUGUCAUCGCGCAUCAUUGUGUUAUGGCACUUUAUAUCAACACGAACAUUUAAAUCAACUAGUUCAUGAUUAUCAAGGUGAAUUUUUUGGAACAGUUAAUCUAACCACGAUGAAUCAUAUGUUGUAUAUAGUGGCUGCUCAAAAGCUCGUAAGUUAUGACAAAAAAGAUGGGUACGUUACUGAGGAGAAUGUAAAGAAAAAUUUGAACUUCCCUAUCUGCUUAAUCCAUGGGGAUAAGAAUACUGUUUUUGAUAUAAAAUCGUCACGAAAAUCUUAUGACACUUUGAUCAGCUACGCACAAAACCCUGAUUUUUACACGAUACAUGAAAUAGCAGGUUAUGGACAUUUAGACUGUUGGUGGGGAAAUGAUGCAUACAAAGAUGUAUUUCCAAAAGCAUUAGAUCAUCUUGAAAAAACAAAAGAUAAUUAUGGAUAUGCUUUGAAAGAAAAUCACGAUGUACAAGGGUCUCAUGUAGGUAUAUCAGAUAUUAAAAAGAUAAUUAACGAAGAGUUACAUAAAUUUGGAAACGGUUCUUUACUUGGAAAUGCUUAA